ACCCCUGGCAGAGCAGAUGUGACUCAGAAACCGGUUUCUCAGGCUUGUAACUUUAGAUGAUGCACAGCGUGGGUCAUUACCGGGUAACCAAUGCCUUUGUUUCAUUGGGUUGGGCCCUCUAGAAGGUGGUGUUGCUGUCUGUGUCGCUGGAAAUGCACUCACAGGUGUGGAAAGAAAGGGUUUGCCACUGACCUGGACUUCUGGGACCUUUCUCUCUGCCGGGAAGCAUUUUGAUGUUAAUCAGGAAUACCUACGGAAGAUUCGAGAAGCUGUGGGGGUGAAGUAAAUCUGUGAGAGACCAGCAUGGGGAUCCUAUACUCUGAGCCUAUCUGCCAGGCAGCCUAUCAGAACGACUUUGGUCAAGUGUGGCGGUGGGUGAGGGAGGACAGCAAGUACAUCAAUGUUCAAGAUGGCUUCAAUGGAGACACUCCCCUGAUCUGCGCCUGCAGGCGAGGGCACCUGAGAAUCGUUUCCUUCCUUUUAAGGAGAAAUGCUGAUGUGAACCUCACAAACCAGAAAGAGAGAACCUGCUUGCAUUAUGCCGUGAAGAAAAAAUUUACCUUCUUUGAUUAUCUACUCAUUAUCCUCCUAAUGCCUGUCCUGCUCAUUGGAUAUUUCCUCAUGGUCUCCAAGACAAAGCAGAAUGAGACUCUUGUCCGAAUGCUCCUUGAUGCUGGCGUGGACAUUAAUGCUGCAGACUGUUACGGCUGCACGGCGUUACAUUAUGCCUGCGAAAUGAAAAACCAGACUCUUAUCCCUCUGCUCCUUCAAGCCCAUGCAGACCCCGCGGUAAGAAAUAAGAAUGGUGAGAGCUCCCUGGAUAUUGCACGAAGAUUAAAAUUUUCCCAGAUUGAAUUAAUGCUAAGGAAAGCAUCAUAACCCUUGUGGCCUCAGAUGGAGAAGUAGAAAACAGUUAAAGGACUGGAUCCUGUCUGCAUCUUGGACUAUUGGUCUGUGGGCCACUCAACUGGAUGCAGCCAUUUUAUGGCGAUGAUGAUGGUUGCCAUGGAUAACGUUUUUGAAGAACUCUGUAGUCAUGCUUUUGCUCAAUGCACUUCACCAUGGCCCCAAUCCUUCCAGGGGAAACACUAAAGCUGUUGAAUUCUCCACUUCAGGCAAAAUGUGAUGCUUCAAAACCAGUCUCUCCUGAAAUAGAGGAUCCGUGUUAUCUCGGACAGUGAUCUCUUCUCAGUUGUGUGCUUUGAUGGAG